AUGUUGAAAGUUGUUGCCCCAGCAUUGCUGGCUACACUGGUCGCCGGCCAUGGUCAUAUCACGAACAUUGUGAUCAACGGGGUCUCCUACGAGGGUUGGGACAUCAACUCGUUCCCCUAUGAGACAGAUCCCCCUACUGUCGUGGCAUGGGGGACUCCAAACACAGCGAAUGGAUUUAUCUCACCAGAUGCCUACGGAACAUCUGAUAUUAUCUGUCACCUUAAUGCAACUAAUGCCAAGGGUCAUGCUGUGGUAGCGGCUGGAGACAAGAUCAGUCUCCAGUGGACAACUUGGCCCGACACGCACCAUGGCCCAGUCAUUGACUAUCUCGCAAACUGUGGUGACUCGUGCGAAACCGUUGACAAGACGACGCUGGAGUUCUUCAAAAUUGAUGGCGUGGGACUCGUGGAUGACACUACCGUUCCUGGAACCUGGGGUGAUGACCAGUUGAUCGCCAACAACAACAGCUGGAUGGUUGAAAUUCCUCCCACCCUUGCCCCCGGCAACUACGUCCUGCGACACGAGCUCAUUGCCCUGCACAGUGCUGGGAGCGAAGAUGGUGCUCAGAACUAUCCGCAAUGUUUUAACUUGCAGGUCACUGGCUCGGGAUCAGACCAGCCUUCUGGUGUGCUGGGCACGGAGCUCUACAGUUCAACUGAUGCAGGCAUCCUUGUUAACAUCUACACUUCGCUAUCGACUUAUGUCGUGCCUGGCCCUACACUUUACAGUGGAGCCGUCUCUAUCACACAGUCAUCCUCGGCCAUCACUGCAUCCGGAACUCCAGUUACGGGAUCAGGUAGUGCUGCGACCACUAGUGCUGGCACUGGUGGAACAACUACAACCACAACUGCAGGACAGACCACUUCUAGCACUACCUCUACCACAUCGGCCCCUACGACCUCGUCAACUACUCUGACAACUCAAGUCAGCACGAGCAGCACAACCCUUAUCACCAGUACGACGUCCACAACCUCCGCUGCUUCAGGUGGUUCAACUCAGUCCGUGUAUGGGCAGUGCGGAGGUAGCGGCUGGUCCGGUGCCACUGCUUGCAAUACGCAAGCUACUUGCAGCUCGAUGAACCCAUACUACUCCCAGUGUGUUCCAACAUCUACUUAG